AUGUUGGCAAGGCUGCGAAUAUUGCCUGCACGGGCUCUCCAAGCCCCCGGUCGUGCCCUUUCAAGCUCGUUCACCAGAGGACGAGCUACAGCGCCUCGUGGUCCGCGGAAUUCGAUCCGGAGGCCAGAGCCCAUACGGAAACCGGCAGCGUCAUCGCAACAACCCGAUGCAAAUACACAAGCGCAACCCAUCGAUUCUCCGAAUCCGAACUACGACCCUUCCCAUAAUACCCUUCUCUCCCCAGUUCAUAUCCCAGAGGACCCCCAUGGUGUUCUCAAAGGAACCCAUCCAGCCACGGGCAUAUUGGCGAACUCGGGUUUGGUGGUUCAGCGACAGCUGGAACUCAUGAAUGUCAUGAUUGGCUUUGAACAAGCCAACAAGUACGUGAUAAUGGACGCGAAUGGCAAUCAUAUCGGCUACAUGGCGGAGCAAGAGAGAGGUAUGGGCAAUAUGAUGGCUCGCCAGUGGCUCCGGACACAUCGGAGUUUUGUGACACAUGUGUUUGAUAGGCAUGAAAAUGAGGUGCUCAGGUUCCAUCGUCCGUUUUCCUGGAUUAACUCGAGGAUUCGGGUAUACGACCCUCUCGCAGUUACACAGAACACGUAUUCCGCCACAAAUGGACUUCAGGCCGCCUCGACUGGCUCUCUGGUUCAGGCUACGGGGGAUUCACACACCCGUGUAUCAUCCCUAGGUCUUGGUGACAUGCGUGUGAUUGGAGAAGCGCAGCAACAGUGGGCACCACUACGAAGGAAAUACAACCUAUUCACAUAUCACCAUUCGCCAAAUGCUGCCACCGAUAUGGGUGCUCAGAAGUUGCCUCUUGCACAGUCCGGACUGAGUAGCGCGCAGCAGAUGCAGUUGACUCAAGCCCAAGGCAGCGGUCAGGGUGUGGGAGAGUACAACCAAUUUGCCUACGUCGACGAACCAUUCCUGUCCUGGGACUUCUCUCUUCGCUCAGCAGACAGCCAGCUGAUUGGGUCGGUGAAUCGAAACUUUGCUGGAUUUGCUCGCGAAUUCUUCACAGAUACUGGCGUUUAUGCCCUGCGCAUGGACUCUGCCGCUCUCAGCCCCGAUCAGGCGCCUACCCAAACCAGCACCGUCACUGGUAUGACGCUUGACCAGCGUGCAGUCAUGCUGGCGACUGCCGUAAGUAUUGAUUUUGAUUACUUCAGUCGCCACAGCGGCGCCGGGGGAUUCGGAUUCAUGCCUAUUUGGAUUCCCGGUGUUGGGAGCGAGGCAGCUGCGGGUGGCGCGGCUGCUGGUGGCGCAGCUGCCGGAGAAGCUGGAGCAGUAGGAGAAGCAGCUGCAGGCACCCUCGGUAGAGCUGGAGCAGCAGGAGGCAUGGCCGAGGGUGCAGCUGCUGGUGCAGCGGGUGCUGGGGCGAUCGCUGGGUACGAUGCGCUGUCCCGAGGUAUGACGGGAGAACAGCAUCAACAACAAUCUCAAGUUCCUGACCAGACAACGCCACCGAUGGAUCGACAAUCGUCAGUGUCUGGACAAACAGGCCCAUAUGGAAAUGUUUGGGGUGAGGGGCCUGAAGACCCGUGGGUGCACACUGAAGAAGACCCUUGGGCUGCGGAAGACCCCGGCGAAGAGGAUGGAGAUGAUUACGACUGGUUCUAG